GUAUCAUCAAUAGGUGGGGCUACAGCGUUUGUUGUUGUUUUUGACCGACGGCAUAACUGGAGCAGACGCCAUCUUUGAAAUCAAGCUCUGUGUUUUAUCUUGUGAUUGUUUUUUGACUGAAACGUUUCCCCAGAAGAAACCUUUCUACCCAGUCAUCGGAGGCUAUUUUGGGGUUGACCUGGUUUCGGAGAAGCUGGUGUUGCGUUUUUGAAGAUGGGCAGUCAGUAUCAGCGCUCGGUACCACUGGAGGUAAGGAGAGCGGAGGGAGAGAGGGUUCGUGCCAAGCAUCCUGACAAGAUACCGAUCAUCGUAGAGAGGGCCUCAAGGUCACGAGCUCCUGAGCUGGACAAGAAGAAAUACCUGGUGCCGUCAGAUUUAACAGUGGGGCAGUUGUGUUUUCUGAUCCGUCAACGUAUGUCGCUGAGGCCAGAGGAGGCGCUCUUCUUCUUCGUCAACAACUCCCUCCCCCCAUCCAGCUGCCCUCUCUCCACUGUAUACGAGGAGCAUCAUGAAGAGGACCUGUUCCUCUACAUGACCUACAGUAACGAGAGUGUGUACGGUGCCUGAAGUGGAACAAAAGGCCGAUGAAAGACUGAGAAGGAGAGAGAGCCAAGUGAAGCUGGACUAAGAGAAAGUUUUCUGUUAUGCUUUGUGACACUUUAUAAUUUUCUUUCUACGUUUUGAUAAGUAACUACAGCUGAUGGUGGAAGAACAAGGCAGAAGGUGACGCCGGUCGGGUUUUCACAGUUUUACUGACAGUAUUUCAAGCUGAGCGUGAUUCUCGGAGCUUUAAACUUUGUGGUGCCAGUUUUGGUUCGUUUUAAACACAGAUGAGGUUUUUCUUUAAAGAAAAACCUCAUCUGUGUUUAAAACGAACCAAAAAUGGAAUUGGAAGACAAACACAGCAAGAAUGUACAAAAGAUGUUUAAACUUUGUGGUUUUCUUGUUUGGUCAAAAGUCAGGGCUUCAAAGAUCGAGUUUAAAAGGGAAGAUUUAAAAAAUUGAGUUGAAAGAACUCAUUCACUUUCUCAGUCGUCUGUAUUUAAUGCAAAUAGUACUUUUUGUUUGUUGGUUUUUGUAAAUUACCGCAGAUCUUUGUGGGGAAUAAAGAAUAUUGAAGAAUGCA